AUGAUGCGUCAUAUACUAUAUCUGGUUACUCUUCUACAGCGCGAUGCAACGAACUAUGAUUGGAAUCCGGACGAAGGAUGUGAGGGAGAUGGAGAUGAGCCUAGCGACUGUGAUGAUGAAGUUGAAGAUGAAGAGGAAGACGAUCAUGGAACUGAUGAGGAUUAUAUCAACGAGUACGACCGAGUCGAGACUGAGAUUCAUUCCAACGGAAAUGAUGAAUAUCACGAUAUGAAUGAUGGCGAGGAUGAUUUACCUGUAGAUCCGACGUUCUCUCACACUUAUCUGACGACGACGUCUGUUAGACCGCAUUGA